UUCCAAUAAUGGCGGAGGAUCAGCCCCCACAGCCUGUUAAAACUGAUACAACCAACAGUACACCGGCAGAGGGAUAUGAUAAGAAAUGCAUUUUCUGUAGGAUUGUAAAUAAUGAAAUGGGAACGGAGCUUCUCCACAAUGAUGGAGAUCUUUCCUGUUUCAGGGAUAUUAAACCUGGAGCUCCACAUCAUUACUUAGUUGUCCCAAAUAAACAUGUUGGAAACUGCAAAUCUCUCAACAAGGAGCAUGUGCCUUUAGUGAAGCAAAUGGUUGAUGUCGGGAAGGAUGUACUCCAAAAAAACAGCGUAACAGAUCUCACUGAUGUCAGGUUUGGUUUUCAUUGGCCCCCGUUCUGUUCUGUUACACACUUACACCUUCAUGUCCUGGCACCAGUCAGCCAAAUGGGCUUCAUGUCCCGCCUCAUCUAUAGACUUAACUCCUACUGGUUUGUCACGGCAGAUCAGCUGAUUGAGCUUCUCAACACUAAAGCAGAGACGAACUGAAGCACCAGGAUCUGUUUUUGUCUUCUCAUUGGAUUUUUUUUAAUAAAGUAACUUCAAUCAACCUUCCUGGAGCUGACAUGUUGGGUGACAGAGGAGUUAAAAUGUUUUCUGCUUUGGCCAAACUUAAAGGGAAUGUUUUAUUUUAGAUGCCUCUACUACAUCAUAAAGACACUCAGGGUAACAAAGGAAGGCAAAUAUUUCUCGGUUUCUUCAGAAGCUGCUAAAAAGUUUUCCCUGGAAACAACAUGGUAUUAAAACUCUUUGG